CAAUCUAUAAUUACAAUCAUAAAUUAAAGAUUUGAAACGUACGUAAACCAGGAAAUUAAAGGGAACACAAAGACGAAGUUGUUAUUGCUGUUGUUGUUACUGUUGAAGUUUUUCUUGGACAUUGUGCCCGGAUCCGACAUCGUCGGACCUACUCAUUUAAUCACCCGCCGAUCCACUCCAUUAUCAUCUCUCUCUGUGUUUGUUUUUCUUUUCUUUUUGCACAGAGAGAGACCUUCUUUUCAGCUUCACCAUUUUUUUCAUGAUGCCUCUUUGGUGCUGAUUAUAGGAUCUCUCUCCUCUCCCUCUCUAUACAUUUCAAUUUACAUCUCUUUGGGACCAGGGUUUCUAUAAUUGAGUAGCCUCAAUGGGUGGUUGUGUAUCCACUCAUGCUCCACAUAAAAGGGUAAGAAUACACAAGAGACGUCUUCGGCGGUUUGGGAAACGCCAUGUCAAGAUAUCAAGUGCUCAUGACGGAAGUAAAAAGAGGAACAAUGACGUUGGACAUGUUUCCGUAAGUCAAUUUGUCCAUAUGGAUUUUGAAAAUGGUAAAACUUCUACGUGCCGAAAAUCUGGGGCCUCCAAUUCAAUGUACCAUCUCACCCAAUUGCAAUGGCAUCUUAGUCAAGUUGAUAUAGAUGGAAUUUGCCAGGAGGAAUCUUGGUUUGAUUCAGUCAGUAUAUUGGAAUCCGAAUCUGACGAUGAAUUUAGUAGUGUGAUUGGAGAUCGUUUUUCCUCUGUGGGUUCAGCUAUUGGGAACAUUUCGGGUGGACAAGUGCUUCAGUAUGAAAGUUCUUCAUGCUAUACGGAUGGCAAGGGUAAAUAUGAAGAAUACCAUGAAAGUUUUGUGAAAAUAGAUGGACAUAUGACAGGCAAAGACGAAUUCAAGGAUCCAAAAGGGUUUGCACUUAUUAGUCCUCAGAAAUUAUUAGAUAAUUAUGGAAGCUUUAAAGGUUCAAAAGAGGACAGACGUGACUCUCAAGAGAACACCUUAAGAUCUGGGUUAUCUCGGUUGCAUCCUUCUGUGAGUUUCAAUGACAAGCUUUUGAAUGCAUCAAGUCAGAAAAAGAAAUUAGCAGUUUUUAGGCUUUCUUUUAAGAGGAAGUCAUGUGAUGGAGAAGAGACCACUGAACAAUGUGCAUCAAAGAGAUUCUUGUAUCAUCCCAAGGCAGGACUCACUAUUCCUCGUCAACUGGGAGAGAAGCCAACAAUAGGAUGUUGGUCUGAGAUUCCUCCCUCAACUUUCAAACUUCGAGGGGAGACCUAUUUCAAAGAUAAGAGGAAGUGCCCCGCUCCAAGUUACAGUCCUUAUACUCCGAUUGGUGUUGAUUUGUUUAUCUGCCCAAGAAAGGUUAAUCACAUUGCACGAUACCUUGAGCUUCCGAAUGUAAAAGGCGAAGGAAAAAUUCCUUCUCUCCUAAUCGUAAAUAUUCAGUUGCCUACUUACCCUACUGCAAUGUUCCUUGGCGACAGCGAUGGUGAAGGAAUGAGUCUUGUACUAUAUUUUAAGGUGUCUGAAAAUUUUGAGAAAGAAAUCUCUUCACAAUGUGAAGAUAAUAUCAAGAAACUGGUUGAAGAUGAGACAGAAAAAGUCAAAGGCUUUGCAAAAGAGUCAAGUGUUCCUUAUAGAGAAAGGCUAAAGAUAAUGACUGGUUUAGUCAAUCCUGAUGAUCUCAAUUUAAGUUCUACUGAAAAGAAGCUUGUAAAUGCUUACAAUGAAAAACCUGUCCUUUCUCGUCCUCAGCAUCAAUUUUAUAAGGGUCCUAAUUAUUUCGAGAUUGAUCUUGAUAUUCAUCGCUUCAGCUUCAUAUCCAGGAAGGGGCUUGAAUCAUUUCGAGACCGGCUUAAAAAUGGAAUUCUUGAUCUUGGUUUAACAAUUCAGGCACAAAAACAAGAAGAGCUUCCGGAGCAAGUGUUGUGCUGUCUGAGACUUAACAAGAUCGACUUCGUUGACCAUGGUCAGAUACCGACAAUAAUGACUCUUGAAGAUGAUUGAUAUCGAAAAAUGCGCAGUUCUGACUCUUAAAAGGCGCCGAACAACCAUGUUAACAGAGAUGUGAUCAACAUGUGCAUUUGAUCCCAUGGUAUAGAAAAUUUUGCAAUUUGUGAAUGAGAGAGGAAUAGGAGUUCUUUCUCCCAAUUGUCAAAAUUAAAAAAAGAAAAUCGUUUAUGUUUAAUUAAUACUUAUAAGAAGAUAGAAAAAAGAGAUGCUUUUAAAGCUGAGUGUGUUACUAACAAGUGAAAAAUUAUAAACUUCAAUCAAAUCAAAUUGAUAUGUACCUGUAUAAAUUUAUGUAGAUGGAUUAUUAAUAAAAAUAAGCUACAGUUCUAUA